GAUGCCCUUUCACAGAGUCAUGUCAGGUUUCCUGGACGGAAUCCGGUGCGGAGACUGCGAGUGCAAUGUGGACUGGGGAGAAAGAAGAAACACCAUUGCAUCUGUAGCCGCUGGAGUUCUGUUCUUCACUGGCUGGUGGAUCAUCAUCGACGCUGCGGUGAAAUAUCCCGAUGAAGGCCAGUUCCAUCAUGCCUAUCACACGUGUGGAGUCAUCGCUACAGUGGCCUUUCUCAUGGUAAACGCUGUUUCAAAUGGCCAAGUGAGAGGAGACAGCUACAGCGAGGGCUGCAUUGGACAGACGGGCGCUCGAGUGUGGCUCUUCAUCGGCUUCAUGCUGGCGUUCGGCUCCCUCAUCGCCUCUAUGUGGAUUCUGUUUGGAGGAUUCGUAGUGCCUCAAAAGCCUGUCGUGUACCCGGGCAUUGCCAUUUUCUUCCAGAAUGCGUUCAUUUUCUUUGGGGGUUUGGUCUUCAAGUUUGGACGUACAGAGGAUCUGUGGCAGUAAUGGACUCUGUGUGUCUUCACGUCCACUGUUUAUACACUCUGCUUUCUAUAUCGUAUGAGACGAGAUGCUUUAGUGGUUAUUCACU